AGCGCUCACAUACGCUCCCGAGCUGCCUGGAGGACCCUUGCUCCGCCUCGCACCCGCCCUUCGCGAUGAGCCUGGAGCACGUAAGGAUCCCUUUUCCGCCUUCCCCGACACUCCUGACGGUGGGAUCCACGACGCUGCAGGAUCCCCGUCCUCCGGAUACUUUACUGCAGGAGCUGAGGACGCAGCUCAGUGCCUUCACGAGUCAGCACCUGCGGGAGAGCGUCAACGCAUCGAGGGCCCUUCAAGAGCUCCUCAGCGGAAGGGCAGGACUGGACGCCGAGGUCGGAAGGAUGGGGGGCGCGGCCAGAGCUCUUGAGGGUCACAGGGGUCGGCGGCAGAUCGUGACCCCUGACCUGGGGGCGCUGCAGUCCGGGUACACGAGCUUCUUCGGGGGGAACAACAGGAGACACCACACGUCAUCACGUGGCACAACCUCAACAGGCAACGACACCCAACGACACGCAAAAGCAAAAGCAACGACGGCAACGACGGACAGUGGCGAUCACGGAGACGGCCACAACGAACCUCCGCAUGGCGAUUGCCGGUCGCCGCGCCGGCGCUAG